UAGCGCAAACAGCUUUGUUUUUUAGUAUUCCAAUUGGCAGCGCACGUUGAGGAACGCAGACUCGUUAAAAAAUGGUUGUCGAGAAAGUGAUUUUGGCCUAUUCGGGUGGCCUGGAUACGAGCUGCAUACUGAAGUGGCUGCUGGAGCAGCGCUAUGAGGUCAUUUGCGUGCUGGCCGAUGUGGGUCAGCAGGAGGACUUUGAGGCAGCUCGUCAAAAGGCGCUCAAGAUAGGCGCCAAGGAGGUGAUUGUGGCUGAUAUCAAGAGGAAUUUCGCUGAGCAAUACAUAUGGCCAGCCAUCCAAAUGGGUCUUAUCUAUGAGGAGCGCUAUCUGCUGGGCACCUCGCUGGCGCGACCCUGUAUAAGUGUGGCCCUGAUCGAGGCCGCCAGGCGGCACGGCGCCAAGUAUUUGGCGCAUGGUGCCACCGGUAAGGGCAACGAUCAGGUGCGCUUUGAGCUAUGCGCCUAUGCGCUGCAGCCGGAACUGAAGAUCAUUGCACCCUGGCGCGACAUGGAGUUUUGUCGCCAGUUUCAGGGCCGACAGGAUUUGAUUGCCUAUGCCAAGGCCCAUGGCAUUGAGGUCACAGCCAAGCCAGCGACUCCCUGGAGCACCGAUGGCAACAUGCUGCACAUUAGCUACGAGUCGGGCGUACUUGAGAAUCCAAAUACUGUGGCGCCUAGCACACUUUACGAGCUGACCCUCGAUCCGUUCACACAGGCGCCACAGAAGCCCCAUCGCGUGUGCGUUCACUUUAAACAGGGAUUGCCCACGAGCGUUGAGGAUCUGUCUAGCCGUCAAGUGUACAGUACGCCCAUGAAUAUGCUAAAGUUUCUAAAUGAUCUGGGCGGUAGCUAUGGCAUCGGACGCAUUGACAUUGUUGAGAAUCGUUAUGUGGGACUGAAGUCUCGCGGCGUCUAUGAGACACCAGGUGGAACCAUACUCUAUACAGCACACCAGGACUUGGAGGUGUUUGCUUUGGAUCGCGAGGUUCUGCGCACCAAGCAACUCCUGCGCGAUCGCAUGUCCGACUUUGUGUACAAUGGCUUCUGGUUCAGUCCCGAGGCGCUCUAUGUGCGACGCUGCAUUCAGCUGGCCCAGGAGUAUGUCACCGGGCAGGUGACGGUGGAGCUGUCGCCCGGCUAUUGUCGCGCCAUUGCACGCAAGGCUGGCGACAAAGUGGGUGCGCUCUACAACCAGCAGCUGGUCUCGAUGGAUGUGCAUGGCGGUUAUGUGCCGCAGGAUGCGGGCGGUUUCAUAGCCAUCAAUGCGGUGCGAAUACGGGAGCAUGUGCGCGCCUUCGGUCCCUACAAGACUGAUCAGCAGUAGCUGCACCACGAGUAAACAACAACAAAGGCAUUUUAGAUAAAUAAAUGAUUACAAAUCCGA